AGAAGGCGGUGGCCAAUGAAUGCGGCGCGGCGGUUGCUGGAGCUGCGGGCGGUUGUUUUGCGGCGGCGCCGUGAUGGAGCGGGCGGGAGCGCCGGAGCUGGCUCUGAGGGACACUUUUUAAAGAACUGGACUAAUCACCUGAAUCCACCCUUCGAGCCAGUUUCUAAACUCAAGCAUAUUGAGAGGAACCAGGAGGAUGUUCUUGGGAACGUGAUGGAGGGUGCUCAAGGGCAUGGCAAGCUUGGAGCGAAAUCCACACAGCACUCUGGCCACACUGCUCAGCAGAAGCCUUCAAAUACAUCCCAGAGAGCAGCAGGGGUGUGUCCAGUGCAGCCGGGGAACAAUGGGAAGCUUCCUGCUUCUGCACAGACCAGAGACAGACUCCCACCUUCAAGCUCAGGUCACCUAAAUCCAGAAAGGAACCCGAAGUCUGCACAGGAUACUGUCACUGCAGCAGCACCUCAGGUGGGAAGUGACCACCCCCCUCCUGGAGCACCUCACUCCCUGAAUGAGGGGCUGCAGGACAGGCUAGUCUGCCACAAGGAAAACCUCGGCCCACGAGCCUCCACACCCCCGGUGCUGAUCAGAGCUUUACAAUCUGAUGGAAACGGUCUCGGGAAGAAGAAAGUCUUGGCCCGCAGGCAAAGCUCAGCCGUAAAGUCAAGGCCUGUUCUGGGUCCAAAAGACAGAGUUAGUAACCGCCAGCCUAAGGAAGAGCCAGUUCUGGAUAAAUUCAGGAAAACCCUGCCAGAGUCAAAGAGUGUGUCUCAAAAUACAAGUACCAGAACUCGGCCGUUGCAGCCCUCUCGGUUCCUUCCUGCUUCUGAUAAUUUGCUACAUAAAAACCCAGGGAAAAACCAGGGAAAAACUACUACAGUGAGGCAACCUGUAGGAAAGCCACCUGGCACAGCUCCCGGCGGAAGUCUCAAGCACCACAGCCAACCUCCCCCAGUGAGAAGAUUUCCCACCAAGCCUCCCACCUUGGGCAAGCCCGAGGGGACCACAAACCUGAAAUCCAGCCUGAACCCAGGUGUCACUUUGCCAAGGCCCAUGGUUAAAGAGGGGAUGGACAGGAAGGACAUGAAGGUGGUGCCUCCUGGACACACAGCAGCAUCCCAAGGGACAGGCCACCCAAACCAGUCUCACAGCAUACACAACUCCAAAACUCCUGUACUUGAGGAUGAUUUGAGAAGUAGGAGAGAUGAGCUUCAACCAGACCUACCAAAGGCAGGUGGUAUGCAGGCUAGGCGCAUUCCAAGGAUCCCAUCAGCUGCAGAUCGUAAGAAACAGCUGGAGGAGUGGUUGGCAUCCAAAGGCAAGAAGUACAAGCGGCCACCGAUGGCGCUGCUUCAGAAGCAGGCAGUGAAGCCAUCCUGCAGAAGCGUCAAAGCAAAAGAGAAGCAAGAGAAUCCAGAGCAGCGCUGCCAAGCGGAGAUCAACAACGUAUUAACUCAGUGCCUGAAGUUCGCUGAGGAGGUGAGAAUGGGAAAGGAGCUGCUUGAACAAGCUUCUCCUCUCCUGGAGCAUGCCAGGGGAUGAGGGCCAUGUCCCUCCAGUAGCUAAGAGGGGUUGGGAGCAAGUGUUCAGUUGCCAGAGGGGAAACACAGGAAAAUAAAAGUCCUCCUGAAGUUAUGGGUAGGCCAAAGGCAUGCGGUGAGCUGUGCUGGCCGGGAGAAUGGAGAGGUACCCUGUCCAAACGGACUGCUGUGGUUUAACCCCAGCCAGCAGCCAAGCCCCAUGCAGCUGCUCACGCAGUCCUCCACCAGCAGGACUGGGGAGAGAAUCAUAAGGAUAAAAGCCAAAGAAUUAAUGGGUUGAGAUAAAGACAGUUUAAUUGGGAAAGCAAAAGCUGUGCACACAAGCAAAGCAAAACAUUGACUCCCUGCUUCCCAUGGUCAGGCAGGUGUUCUGCCACUUCCAGGAGAGCAGGGCCCCAUCACAUGCAGUGGUGACUUGGGAAGACAAACAGCAUCAACUGUUUGUCAACUCCAAAUAUCCCCCCCACUUUAUACACUGAGUACAGGGUCCAGAAUAUAUCUUUGGUCUGUUGGGGUCACCUCUCCUGGCUGUGUUUCCUUUCAACUUCCCACAGAUCCCCAGCAUCCUUGACAGUGUGGCAGUACAAAAAGUAGAAAAUGCCUUGGUGCUGUGUAAAUCUUGCUCAGCAAUUAUGAAAAUACCUCUUGUCAUCACUGUGUUUAGCAUAAAUUCUACUUCUACAUAAUUGGA